AUGUUUGGUGAUAAACUAAAGCAAAAAAUUGAAGCGGAAUACAAACGCCACUUCGUACCCGGUGAUAACUCGAUGGAAAACGUUCAGCAAUCUGAUAAUGAGCCGGUGAAAACGGAGGUGACGGACCAGCCCGGCGAAACAAUGGACGUGGUACAACAACGACAGGAGCAGCGCCCACCCGAUUCGUCCAGUAAUGGCGAGGAAAGCGAUACAACACAGGAAGAUGGCAACAGUAGCCGGGGCGAGGUGAAAAAGUUGCGCGGUUUCUUUAAAAAACCACGUAACGCGCUGGAACGCAAGAAACAUGAUAAGGAACGGAAAGUGCGCCAGCUGCGCCGGUUCCGCAAGUUUUUAAUGCCGAAAAAUGCGAUCAUGGCAUUACACGAACUCCAGGGUCCCGGUAUGGCCGAGUUUACACUGAACUCGAUCGGACGAGAAAUGAAAGCAGAAGUAAUGAUCAACAACGUAAAGUAUGAGGCGACCGCACCGAACAAGAACCUGGCGAAGGCGAAAGUAUCCGAGAAGGCUUUACGCGAGGUGAUCUUGGCGCAAAUGACUCGCAUGAAGCAACAGCGGAUCGCGCAACAAAAACAACAGCAGCAACAGUCGCAGGAACACGCCGUAACUCCGGAGGUAACUAUGGAGGAUGAGGGAAUGGAUGGCAUUGAACCAGACGAUUUACCGAUGGAACAUCUAGCGUCGUUUGCUCUUCAUAAAUUAUUCGCGGAAUGGGAGGCGGAAGGAUUCGAAGUGCCGAUUUUGAAGAUGACCCGCGGGAAACUCACCACCCAGGCACCGGCAUCGGGUGAGAAGGGGGCCGGUCCUUCGCUCAUUCCGAAGAUAACCAAAACCGUUGCGGAUCUGCCACCGAACGCAGCGAAAUACCAUCCCACCGCACUGUUUGCAUACAUGCGUCCACAAGUUACGUUCGAAGAUCUCGGUUUGAACAUCGAUCAGCAGAACCGAGAAUUUAGUGUCGGCGUCAAAUGUGACGGUCAACAAUUUAUUGGCAAAGGCCGUUCGAAGAAGCUGGCUCGAAAGGCAGCUGCUGCCGAUGCCUGCAAGGAAUUAUUCGGUGUAGUGUUUGAUGAGAGUGUGCCGAAUGUUUCUAGUAAGAUAGAACCGAUACCCGUUCACACAAGCAGCACCAAUAAUGGGACUUAA